AACCCAACACUUGCAACUUUGAAGUUCAAAUCACUCGGAUCAAAAUUCAAUAUCAAGUUAGAAAAAAAAUUACUGGAAAUAUGAGGACAGUUGGUUUAAUAGUAUCUAUAUUGGUUAGCUUUGUAUUAGUUGCUUCGGCUGCCAACUUUUACCAUGAGUUUGAUGUUACUUGGGGAGAUGGUAGGGGUAAGAUACUGAACAACGGCCAGCUUCUUACUCUCACCAUGGACAAAUUUUCUGGCUCAGGUUUCCAAUCCAAGAAUGAGUAUCUCUUUGGGAAGAUUGAUAUGCAGCUUAAGCUUGUUCCAGGCAACUCUGCUGGCACUGUUACUGCGUACUAUCUACGUUCACAAGGGUCGAGUUGGGAUGAAAUCGACUUUGAAUUCUUGGGGAACCUUAGCGGUCAGCCUUACAUAGUUCACACCAACGUAUUUAGCCAGGGAAAAGGUGACAGAGAGCAACAGUUUUACCUUUGGUUCGACCCCACUAAAGAUUUCCAUACCUACUCUGUUCUUUGGAACCCCCAACGUAUUAUCUUAUCUGUUGAUGGCAUUCCAAUUAGAGAGUUUAAGAAUUUGGAGUCAACUGGCGUUCCAUUCCCAAAGAACCAGCCCAUGAGAAUAUACUCCAGUCUCUGGAACGCCGAUGACUGGGCUACUCGAGGUGGCCUUAUCAAGACAGACUGGAGCAAAGCUCCUUUCACAGCUUCUUACAGAAACUUCAAGGCUGAUGCUUGUGUCUGGUCUUCAGGCAAAUCUUCUUGUUCUUCAAGCUCACGGUCUAGAUACACUUGGCUGACACAAGAACUCGAUAUAACAAGCCAACAAAGGCUCAAAUGGGUUCAGAAAAAUUACAUGAUUUACAACUACUGCAGGGACACCAAGCGAUAUCCUCAGGGCCUCCCUAAAGAAUGCACUGCACAGUAAUAAAGCCUAAAGAUAGAAUUGUUUAAAGCCUUGGUUGUAAUUAUAAAUUCACCAACGUUAUUUUCUGUCCCGUGCCUAUUAGUGUUUCUGGUAUUUUUGUUUUAUUCUAUGUUUUUUAACCUGUAACGUAAGCUCAAUAAUGUUUAUAUUUGAAUAUUAUAUUGUCUGCUCUGUUUUCUAGUUCUACUAUGAAAAUUAUUGGUUCUUCAUCCUUA